UAAUUGUAUUUUUGAAGUCAAGCCACCGACGGUGUCCUGAAUACCAACCAUUUCAACUCCUCGUAGAGGGUUUCUCAGCCAAUAUGUCGAACUGUGUUAAAUAAUGCAAACCAAUGUGAAUUAAGUAUGGCAUUAACUUCUUCUUCUUUGACAAGCUUGACAUUAUUCCUUUGCCUGUGUGUGUUUUGUGUUAAUGCAGUCACCUACAGAGAAAUUUUGCAAACAGGACAAUCACUGGGAACCUCAGACUCGGUUGUUUCUGACAGCGGGAAGUUCGAAUUGUGCUUUUUCACCAGAGUCAGAGAUAACUCAACCAAGUACUACGUUGGUAUACGGUAUAAAAGGGUUCCAAACGACAAGAACAAGAUUGUGUGGGUUGCAAACCGAGACUACGCACUUGAAACAUCCUCAGCAGUUCUUACCUUUCAACCUGGUGGAAAUUUUGUGAUCAUGGAUGGACAAGUCACAUACCGUGUCAACAACGUUUCAAAUAAUUUCAGUAUGUAUGCCAUGCUCUUGGAUUCAGGAAACUUAAUACUGCUGAAAACCUCAAAUAAACAGAUUUUGUGGCAGAGUUUUGAUCAUCCGACGGACACCCUUCUACUCGGAAUGAAACUAGGACAUGAUAAAGGAAACACUUGGUCAUUGCAAUCAUGGAGAAGUGCAGAUGACCCUGCCCCAGGAGCUUUUUCCCUCGAAUAUGAUUUGGGCAGGGUCAGCCUAAUCAUCAACAAUGGUUCUAAUGCGUUCUGGAUUGACGACCACUACAACGAUACUAUUGGCAAUUUUAUUAGCCGAAGUGGUGGGGAUAAGCACGACUACAACGAUACUUAUUUUUAUGUCGGCGACUAUUUCAGUUUGCCAGUUGGUAAUGACUCUAGGCUGGUACUAGAAGUGUCUGGUGAGCUCAUCCAGGAGUAUUGGUCUGAUGAACAACAACAUUGGGUUUCUAUUCAGUCAUCCAAGUGUGCUACUAAUUCGUGUGGAGCCUUUUCCAUCUGUAACCCGAAAGCUCGUGACCCUUGUGACUGUCUUUAUGGUUUCAGGCCCUCUGAUGCUGAUUCUUGGAACAAUGGGAACAAAUCUGCUGGCUGUGUAAGGAACAAAGACUUAUCGUCCUGCAGUAACGGUGCUGAAUCCAACGAUAAAUUCCAGCAACUUUAUAAUGUUAAAUCACCAACUUUGGACAGUCUCAGGAAGAUUAAUACAACAAAAGAGUGUGAAAGUACUUGUUCUAGAAACUGUUUUUGCGUUGCUUUCGCUUACUAUUUGAACGGUGAUUGCCAGUUGUGGCUUGGUUCCGUAUUAAAUCUAAAGAACGUCUCAACAGAUGUGGACAAUUCUGAUGAUAGCAAUUCAAUUUUUUACCUAAGACUUGCUGCCUCAGAAUUCGAUACUUCUGGUAAGUUCAAGAAGCUUUUCUCUGCAGAUUCCAACACAACAAGAGAAAAAGAAUCACGAUAUACUUCUGUUAGCAACAUCCUACUUCUUAUUGUUAUAUUGAUCUCCUUUCUAGCUUUUCUUAUAUUGGGCCUUUUAGUUUACUGGAUUACAAAGAACAGGAGAAAAGGGGAAGAUUUGCUCCAUUUUGAUAUAAGCAUGAGCAUGAAAGUUGAAGAUUCUGAGCUUACUGAAUCAGAUAGGAGUGCCAAAGUGAAGAAGGAAGUGAAAUUGCCUUUAUUCAGUUUCGAGAGUGUUGCAGCUGCUACUAAUAAUUUCUCAGAUGCAAAUAAACUUGGUGAGGGGGGCUUUGGACCCGUUUACAAGGGUACAUUAUUUAAUGGGGAUGAGGUUGCCGUGAAAAGACUGUCACGGAGAUCUGGUCAAGGAUGGGAAGAGUUGAGAAAUGAAGCUUUGUUAAUUGCAAAACUCCAACACAACAAUCUUGUUAGACUUCUUGGUUGCUGCAUUGAUCGAAAUGAAAAGAUGCUCAUUUAUGAGUUUAUGCCUAAUAAAAGUUUGGAUCUUUUCCUUUUUGAUGCAACGAAGAAACAGAUGCUAGAUUGGGGAACAAGAAUCAGAAUAAUAGAUGGGAUUGCCCAAGGAAUUCUUUAUCUUCAUCAGUAUUCCAGGUUCAGGAUCAUUCACCGAGAUUUAAAAGCUAGCAACAUAUUGUUGGACAGCCAUAUGAAUCCCAAAAUAUCAGAUUUUGGAUUGGCAAAGAUAUUUGGUGAUAAUGAGCUUCAAGCAAAUACAAAUCGAAUAGUUGGAACAUAUGGUUACAUGGCUCCUGAAUAUGCUGUAGAAGGACUUUUCUCAAUAAAAUCGGACGUGUUUAGUUUUGGGGUCCUUUUGUUGGAGAUUGUAAGUGGCAAGAAGAAUACUGGCUUUUAUCAAACGAGUUCCUUCAAUCUUCUUGGAUAUGCUUGGGAUCUUUGGACGAGAAAUUCAGGACUGGAUCUAAUGGAUAGUGCAUUAGAUGACAGUGAUAAUUUAAGUAAUAACAGUCUGCAUACUGUGCCAAGAUAUGUGAACAUAGGACUUCUUUGUGUUCAAGAAAGUCCAGAAGAUAGGCCAACCAUGUCUGAUGUUGUAUCAAUGAUUGGGAAUGACACUGUGUCCCUUCCUUCUCCUAAACCACCUGCAUUUCUUANGUAG